CACGAAGGCAGAGUUGGUGGAGUCUGCCCAACUAGGUUUCGAAGAGUGCCGAGCAGCGGAUGAGUUGAAACGCAAGAAUGCUGAACUGGAGCGCGAAAUUCUGGAGUUCAAAUUCUCGCCUUUGAGUACCAGUGGAAGCAGCGAGUGGAGGUGGCCGCAAGGGAAUGAAACAAAGCAUCGAAGCAGUGCAACUAGCAGCGAUGCUGGCAUCACCAGUUCGAGGAAGCAAGCACUAGCCGCUCAGUUUGACGCAGACGUGGAUGAUUUCCUCCGUGAGAACGAACAGCUGAAAGACAAGGUGGCCUCCACUGAAAAAGCUAACAGAGAGCUUGAAGAAAAGCUCACGACCGAAAUGCUGGAGAUUGCAUCCCUAAAGUCUGGACUAUCACCAUCAGCAGGUCAACUCAAAGUUGGAAUGCAGGUGAAACAGCUUGCCAGAGACAUCAACCAAGAUCGGGUCAAAGAAGAGCUGGUAAGAGAAGUAGAAGCUGAGAAGCUGGAGGUGGCAAGUCUUCAGCAAGCCCUCCAGAAAGCCAAACACGAGGCUGCAGUCGAGCAGAAAAGAAUGACGCGUGAAUUGAAGGACAUCAAGGGAGGGACGGCGACGGUGACCUGA